AUCAUUUACUAUUUUGCAUUCUUGAUCUGAGAUAUAUAUCUGCGGUUAUAUAUACAUAUAUCUCCGCAUACUAUAUCUUACCACCAAACAACCACAACCACAAUACCUACUAUACUCUAUUCUAUUCUAUUUACAACGCUACAAAAACAACCAUAAUGUCCAACCCCAACGCCGGCGGCACCCUCUCCGAAAUGGCCCCUUCGGGAACCACAAUCCCCAACAACGCCGGCAUCCAAAAUCUCAUCCCCUCCGUCCCCCGCCCCGACCAACGCUCCGAAAACCCCCAAUUCGACAACGAAGGCCUCGCCGAGCCAACCUCCGCCUUUGCAGCCGACAACGCCACCGACCUGCCCCGAUCCACCCGUGAUGUCGGUGCUACGGGUGAGGUGAUCACGGGCACGGGGAACAGUAUUGGGGCGGGGGUGGAAGGGAAGAGGACGCAGGGGGCGAAUGAUCCGGGGGCGAGGGGGGAUGGGAGGAAUUGGAAGCAUGCGAGUCACAAUCGAAGUGCGUUUGAGAGGUUUGCGAAGGAGGAUGAGGAUUCGGGGGAGAAGAUUGGGGAGCAUGAGGGGAGGAACUAGGGGGAU